AUGGCUACUAGUAGAAAAGAAAAGCAAUUCACUGUGUAUCGCCUAGAGUUGGAGGCUGAAGGGUCUCUUCCCAAAGAUAAACAAUAUAUACGGUUACCUCCACCUGUAAAGCCAUAUGUUCUUAGAUUCAAUAUAAGAUCAGGUUCUCCAGCUUCUCAUGGCGGUGUUUUAUAUACAAAUUAUCCAAUUUUUGGAAGAGAAUUCGACAGAAAUAAAUUCUAUCCAAAAAACUUUCCUACCGAUUUUUCGAAAUCACUCAACAUUGACAUUAUGAUUCGGAUGUCUGGCGCGUUUGACUUCUAUGUAGAACAUCGUGCAGUGUCGACUUUACCUGGCGAGGUGUUAACCUCUAUUGAGCGAACAGAAAUAUUUCAUUUUAAUGUUGAUCCAUUGCUACACAUUCUCCCACGUCGUAGAAUCCUCUCUUCAAAACGUGUUUCUUCGUUGAAAAGAGUUCCACUUCCGCUUGAUGGCCUUGUCAUCGAAACAGUAUUGCCGAAAUUGCUUGGUUCACUUAGUAGUUGGGGUCAACACGUCAAGGCUAUAAGUGAACUUGGAUAUAAUAUGAUUCAUUUUGUUCCCAUACAGGCACGCGGAAUUUCAAAUUCUCCUUAUUCCAUAUAUGACCAAUUGGCCUUCUCAGACGAUCUGUUCGAUGGCACAGAUCGUACAAAAAGCACGGAUGAGAAAAUUGAUAUUUUGCGUAAUACGCUGAAAAGAUUUGAAGAUGAUUAUGGGGUCUUGAGCUUGACUGAUGUAGUCUGGAAUCAUACUUCAUGUAACAGUAAAUGGUUAGAAGAGCAUCCUGAGGCUGGUUAUAAUUUACAUAAUUCGCCCCAUCUAAAGCCUGCGUAUGAGCUUGACACUGCUUUGCUCCAAUUUUCUGAAGAUUUGGAUAAACACGGUCUUCCAACAUUUCUUCACUCGGAAAACGAUCUUAAUAGAAUUAUGGAUUACAUUAAAAGUCAUCUACUCACUGAAAUACGCCUAUGGGAAUAUUAUAUAAUUAAUGUUAAGGACUCGGUAGACGAUUUAAGAACAGCAUUAGUAACAAAAAUUGAAGGAGAUCACGUAAUGUUCAAAAAUGUUGAUAUCGAAAAUCUUUCUUUGCAACAACAGGCAGAUUUAUUCUUAAAAUAUGCAAUUUCAGAUCAAGAUAAAUUUGGCACAAGAUUUGUAAAAAGAAUCAGCGUCAAGGAAGCAAUCGGAUUUCUGAAAAAAUGGAGCGAAGGUUCAGAAUUCCAGACUGCUUUCAAAGCGGAACAGGAUAGAAUAUACACAUCGCUCCAAACUGAAUGGCAAGAAAGAGAAAAUAUUCGACUGGCAAAAAUUGCAAAGAAACAUGAGAAAACGUUACGAAUUGGACGAAGUGAAAAGGAACGAAUCGAGCAGGAAAAACGUGAACGUGCAAGGUUGGAAAAGGAAAGACUCGAAAGAGCUAAACUUGAGAAAGCUCGGAUCGGACAAGCUCUGAAGAAAGUUAAAAAACAACUUGAGGAUGAAGUUAAAAAUCUAGUUGUUUCCUCGAACGAUAAAAAAGAUAAUGUUUCAGUUAAAGAAGACAUUGUAACUGAAGAACAUGCUGUAGUAAAAGUAUCGAAUGAGGCAGUGAAAACAAAAAAAUUAGCUACACCCCUUAAAGAAACAUCUCAAGAAGGAGCGGAAGUGAGUGUGGCAAGUACUGGAAAAAUAAGAAUUGAUGCUUUUGAUGCAGUAGAAAAAUCCAGCAGUGUCACAGUUGAAGUUAUAAAAGAAGAAUCACCGGGAGAUCCUGAGGAAGACAAAAAAUCUGAAGAACCCGUAGAACCCGAUGCGCCACAAGAACCACCUGUGCAAGUGCCUAUGGUAGAUCCAACAGAAUUCUAUCUCAAGAAAGCUGAACAAUUGCUUAACGAGAUUAAUCUUCGUUUCUAUAGAUUUUAUGACGACGAUGUUUUAGUCAUAAUUGAAAAUAUAUUUAAUCGAGUAAAGUACAUGCGAUUAGAUGGACACGGGCCAAAAAUGGGCGAAAUUACAAAAGAUCAUCCUUUGAUCGAAACUUAUUUUACCCGUCUACCGUUAAAUGAAACUACACGUAAACAUCCGGAAGGUUCUUUAGCUGUUGCAAAUAACGGAUGGAUUUGGAAUGCGAAUCCUCUGCAGGAUUUUGCGAACAGUGAGUCUUAUGCAUAUCUCAAACGGGAAGUAAUAGUCUGGGGCGAUUGCGUCAAAUUACGCUAUGGAAAAAGCAGGGAAGAAUCUCCUUGGCUUUGGGACCAUAUAACUAAAUAUACUGAACUAUCGGCUUCGUUGUUUCACGGGUUUAGAAUAGAUAACUGUCAUUCGACUCCAAUUCAUCUCGCCAAAUAUUUACUUGAUAAAGCUCGACGUAUUAGACCUAAUUUGUAUGUCGUUGCCGAGCUUUUUACUGGAUCCGAAGAAAUGGACAUUCAAUUUGUUAGCCAACUCGGCAUUAACUCUUUGAUUCGUGAAGCAAUGCAACCAUGGGAUACUAAAGAGUUAAGUAGAUACGUGCACAGACAUGGCGGCAAACCAAUCGGUUCGAUCGACACUGCAUGCCUUACUGAUUCAUCAACAUGUAUUGGACCCGAUGAACAGAAAGAAGCUUGUCUAAUUAUUCCACUAUCUGGAUCGAAGCCACAUGCCCUAUUUAUGGAUUGUACACAUGAUAACGAAUCUCCACAUCAAAAAAGGACUGCAGAGGAUACGCUUUCAACUGGAGCACUAGUCGCGAUGAGUUCAUGUGCUGUUGGUAGCACAAAAGGUUACGAUGAAGUAUUCCCACAUUAUGUUGAUCUCGUAAAUGAGACUCGUUUAUAUCCAUUGUACGAAGAAUCAUUAGAUAUUGGCAUAGCACGAGUCAAAAAAGUCUUGCAACAUUUGCAUACCGAAAUGGCAUUGGAUGGAUAUAUCGAAACACAUGUGCACCAUGAAAAUGACUACAUUAUUGUACAUCGUUUCCAUCCUAAUACUCUCGAUGGGUAUUUAUUAGUUGCGCAUAGCGCUUUCGCAGGUUUCACGAUGGACCGUGGUGAUUUAAAUCCCAUCAAUCUGCGAGGUACAUCGGCUGAGUUGCUGUUCUCAACUUAUUUGGAAGUGAAAUCUCGUAGCGUGGAAAACGAUGAAAAAUUUUUAUCUGGGUUACCUGCCACUUUAAAAUCACUAAACGCGCCUAUUCUACGACGACGUUCCGAUGCUAAUGGUGAAUUUACCGAAGUAAUAUUACCCAAGGAAUUCCCUUCUGGUAGUGUAAUGUUAUUAAAAACUUGGGUUGAUAAUAAGCCUGACGGUCUAGACGAUUUUGUGGAAACUGGAACUGAAGAAGCUUUCGAAGAGCUAGAUCUUGUUGACCUGAAUAUUGUUCUUUACCGUUGUAAUGGGGAAGAAAACGACGUGACUUCCGGUCAUGGAGUAUAUCAUAUCCCGAAUUAUGGUGAUAUUCCAUACUGUGGUAUAGAAGGCUUCAUGUCUGUCCUUCGACCAAUCAUGAAACAUAACGAUUUAGGACAUCCGUUUUGUGCCAAUCUGCGUGAAGGCCAUUGGGCUCUUGACUAUACAGUAGGAAGGCUUGAAAGACAUCUAUUUAUCACCCCUAAAUUGAAAAAACUGGUGGAUUGGUACCACUCUCGAUUUACAGCUAUCAAGGCAGUCCCAAAUUUCUUAGUACCUAAAUAUUUUGCAUUGACUAUGAAAACUGCUUAUAAAGCUGCUAUUCACAGAACAUUCCAACAAUUAUCUCCUUUUGUUCUUGACGGUGGUCCUUUCAUACAUUCGCUCGCACUAUGUUCUGUCCAGAUGUAUGGCAUUGUUCUAUCAACAGGUUUGCAUCCAACUAAAAAUGGUCCGUCAUGUGCUGCUGGAUUACCUCAUUUCAUCCAUCAUCACAUGAGAUGUUGGGGUCGUGACGUCUUUAUUUCUUUACGUGGUCUAUUCAUUACUACUGGAAAUUUUCAGGCUGCACGAGAUCAUAUUCUUGGAUUCGGGAGCGUACUAAAACAUGGAAUGAUUCCUAAUCUUCUGGAUGCUGGUCGUAGACCACGUUAUAACUGUCGUGAUGCCACUUGGUGGUAUCUUCAAGCCAUACAAGAAUAUUGUAAAUUCGCUCCCGAAGGCUAUGAUAUCUUGAAAGAAUCUAUCGCACGAAGAUUUCCUAAAGACGAUGAAUUUAUUGAAGCAGAUGAUCCUAAAGCUUAUUCAUACAAUAGCACUUUGCUAGAAAUUAUCCAGGAAAUACUGGAACGUCAUGCUCGUGGAAUUCACUUCCGCGAAUGGAAUGCCGGUCAUAACCUUGAUCAUGCAAUGAAAAGUGAAGGUUUUCAAGUUGAUAUAGAUGUUGACUGGGAUACUGGAUUGUUGUUUGGCGGAAGUAAAUGGAAUUGUGGUACAUGGAUGGAUAAAAUGGGUGAAUCUGAAAAAGCUGGUAACCUUGGAGAACCUGCGACUCCAAGAGACGGAGCAGAUGUUGAAAUCAUUGGUUUGCUAAAAUCCACUUUGAGGUGGCUAACCGAGUUGAAUGAAAAAGGAGUAUAUCCAUGGAAAGGUGUUGAGAUUCCAGACAAGGGCACAAGUAAUAAAGGGAAAAAUGGAAUUGUUGAGGGAACCAAAUUAAUAACCUUUGCCCGAUGGAAUGACCUCAUUCAAGAAUCAUUCGAAAAGAAUUUCUAUAUACCGAUUGAUCCCAGCGAGGAUUCAAAAUACAAUCUAAAAUCAGAUAUGGUGAAACGAAGGGGUAUUUAUAAGGAUACUCAUAAAUCAUCCUACAAUUUUACAGAUUACCAACUUCGACCAAAUUUCCCUAUAGCAAUGGUUGUGGCACCAGAAUUAUUCAAUGAAGAGCAUGCCUUGAAAGCUUUAAACGUUGCACGUGAGAUUAUUGCAGGUCCUUUGGGAAUGCUUACUCUUGAUCCAGAGGAUCCAGCUUAUCGUGGAAACUACGAUAACGGUAAUGACGGGACAGACAAAUCUGUAGCCAAAGGAUGGAAUUAUCAUCAAGGCCCGGAAUGGUUAUGGGUUACUGGUUAUUUCCUGCGCGCAUAUUUAUAUUUUGAUGCUCGUGUUGGUGCUGGCAAAGAUAAUCCUCACGAAACGAUUCACAACAUUAUGCGUAUGCUUUUGCCGCAUCGUAAAAUCAUAGAAACCAGUGUAUGGGCCGGACUUCCGGAAUUAACUAAUGCUAAUGGAGCCGAAUGCCAUGACGCUUGUCCAACUCAGGCUUGGUCUGCUGCUACUCUUUUAGAUCUUUUCGAUGACAUCAAGGAUGUAGAAAUCGAUUUUCAUGCAUGA